AUCUUUUUUCACGUAGUGAAUGAUUACUACAAUUUUUUUUUAUGAUCCCAUUUUUUAUUGGAUUGCAUAGUACAACUUAUUUUAGAAUAAGAUGAUGUAAUAAAUCCAUGUUUUGCCGACCCUUGCCUACACUAAGAGUCUAUGCAACUCAAUAUAGUAACAAAUUCAAAACCCAGAGGUUGGGACCUACCUAACAUGGUUUUCAACGCGCAUUUGAGCUCACGGUGCUAGUUGGCUAGGUAAAGCAAGCCUAGAAAUAAGAGGAAACAGUGAAGUAUGUCGUCAACUUUGCUUAGUGGUUGGUGCAUCCAACUCGUCUUCUAUACCGAAUCGAAUGGAUGCUUGCGAAAUGGAAUGGUGUAUGAGUCAUGCACACAUAGUUCUCUCCUUUUGGCCAAACAAUUCCGCUACAGCACGAAAAGCAAAGCGAGCCUGUACAUCACUGCACACCGAAAGGCCAAAAAGAUUUGCAAAUAUUCUCUCCUGCACACACAAAAAUGUAAAAAGAAAAAGAAAACGAAAACCGAAAAGGUGUCGUACCAGACGCCGUACGGCCACUUGUACCCUCCCUUCUCCCCACCUACUCCACCGGGCCCCGACAACCACACUGAGCCACGGGCCCCACAGCCGCAUGGCUCCACAUGGCAGUGGCUCGGAAGCCACGCGCUCCUGCGGCUAUAAAUGCCACCCCGCACGCUACCACCUGGCGGGAACGACUCUGGCUCACCAAGCUCAGUAGCCGAGACAGAUCUGGGCCGUCCGCUCCGAUGAGGCAGAUGAUCAGGCGGCUCUCCCGCGUCGGCGACUGCUCGUCGAGCUCCUCCUCUUCGUCGCCGGCGAGGCGGCGCGGAGGCGGCGGCGGGGGGAAGAAGGCGCACGCGGGGGUUCCGGAGGGGCACGUGCCGGUGUACGUGGGCGGAGGGGGCGAGGGCGCGGAGGAGCGGUUCGUGGUGCGCACGGAGCUGCUGGGCGCGCCGGCGCUGGCGGAGCUUCUUGGCCGUGCGGCGCAGGAGUACGGGUACGACCACCAGGGCCCGCUCCGCAUCCCCUGCCCCGUCGCCGUCUUCCGCCGCGCGCUCGCCUCCGUGGCCGCCGACGAGGAGGAAGAGGACGGCGAGUAGCCUGUUCUUGGCCCGGCGGCCUGUGAAGUUGGGCGUCUGUUGUGUGUAAAAUAGCCCGGAGAAUUUGUGGGCUAGCUUGGAUGUUGUUUUCCUUUGAGUUGGUUGAGCAGAGGGAUAUACUCAUAUACAGAGGUGAGGGAUGUAGCUACUAUGAUAUUGAUGCCGUCCUCAUGUACACAGCUGCUUGUUUCAACUUAAACA